AUGGGCUGGGUUUUAACUUGGGCCUGGUCGCUAGGAGGGCUGGGCAGAGAGAAUCGAGGUCCCGGCCUUCUCGAAUCAGCUCGCACGAUCGAGUGGAUCGAGGGCAAAGCAGGAUUGGUGUUUAGUAUCAAGCACUGCCGUUGGACGGGUGAGGAGCAACAACUCUCAUCGUUCUCCCAGUCAAGGGUGUGUCUUAAGGCUUUGCUGCAAGGAUAUGUGGACAGCAGCGAGCGGAUGGGAGGACAAGAUCCAAGACAGCCAGCAGCAAUAAUGACUAGCAGGAAUAGCAACAGAGCAGCAGCAACAGCAGCAGCAGCAACCAACAAACCAAGAAAUGCAGAAACAAGAGCCGCACAGGGCGACGAGGAGCUAACACAGGAGCAGGAGAAGGAGGAAAUAAGGCGACAAGAAGCAAGUCUUGAUUAUCAUCAUCUCCAAGUACCUCAGAAAAGAACCUAUCUAUCGUCGACGAGCUUAACAAAUCCAUGGCUGUGCCUUAAAUCUCAAUCCCUGUCCAAGGUGAGCUCUCCUGGUGAGAUUUUGCCCCAACACCAGACCAGCUCUCUCCAUCUCCAUCUCUUAUUAGCCAGUUGGCCCUUGCUUGAACCCAUGGAUCCUGGAUUCCCCCCCAUAUCUCCUAUUAUCCUCUCGGAGCCACACGGCGAAGUCGGGUGGGAGAAGCAAAAAUUGAUCUUAAACUUUAUUGCCGGUUGUCCGAAAACCCUCUGGGCAGGCAGUGGAGAAGCUAAAUGAACAAUGACGAAAUUCCGUAAAUCCCCAAGAAGAGCUGUAGUUAACUAUUCCGUGUCUGGCCUGGGCAAUCAUACGAAGUAUAUGAGUAGGUGGGACAUAUGUAUUUAUCUCUCAUGUGGGAGAAGAGCUCCUUCCCACCUCCCUCCCCUCCCGAAGAUAUAUAUAUAAGUUCUUGAACCCUUUCUAAAGUCAGCUUCAGUGAUCUAAAUUUGACCUGUGAAGAAGUUUGAAAUGUGAAGAGUCAUGCACAAUACAUGUGUAAUAUGCACCAAUAUAUAUUGCUGAGGAGGCAAUCGAUUAUCCAAAGUAGUCAAUCUUCGACACAAAUCCCAGUCUGUGAUAGAAAGAAUCUUGAUCAGGAUAUGAAUGCGCGAGUUAAUUGUUAAUAAUGCAUGACGAUUGCGAGUUCCCUGGUACGCAAAUGAUUUAAUGCAGGUACACACAAGAAAGGCGGGAAUGCCAUGUAAUGGCAUUGAAAACUUGUGGGUGAUUUACAUAGAUAGCCUGGUUUGCCGGAUGCUCGUGGGAGUUUACAUGUAUGUUUUUUAUACUUGCUUAGGAGAUAUUUAAAAUCACUUUACUCUCAAAAAUAUGGUGACGAGUUGUUCUCCUACACACUGGGUGAAGGAAAGUUGGACUGGGAAGAGCAGAUGGGGGAGGAAACACGUACGUAGUUACUAGCCAAAAAAAAACAACCCAGCGCCGAAAUGGGUAACGGGGCACGAGAUACCUAUGCACGUAUAAGAAAGCAUGGAUGGGAGCAAGAGGCAAAUGGCCCAUAGAAUUUGCUCUUCCUAAACUUCAAAGGCUGUAAAAGAAGCAUAAGGACCUGGGUGGCUUUGAACAGAAAUUAUGGAAAUGAUAGAUAGACCCUUGGGGAAGGGCUUCAUUCAUGUUGUGUUAUUUACUAUAAUCAAUCUAUCUCUAGAAUGUGGGACGCGUGACAGACAAAAUGGGCCAGGUUGGCCACCAAGUACGUAUAAGUCAAGAAAAAGAAAAAGAAAAAGAAAAUAAUAAUCAGACUCAAUCCACCCAAGGAGCUUGCCGAUGAAACCCAGGACGUAGGCAUCGACGCCUAACAGGCAAUGCUCGAGGAAGUAUCGGCCGACUUCCUUUAGUUUGGGAUCUUUGGCCCAGGGGCCAAUUGGUGUCUGUAAGAGUGAGUAUGAAGUUUAACUACCUACAAAAAAAAAAAAAAAAAAAAAAAAAAAAAAGAGAGAGAGAAAAAAUAGGGGGGGACAAAACGUAUUCGAGAACAUUUGGAUGGAACAAAUGAAUGCCUUGUCCCUGACAUCCACAGAGCCCGCAUCAAUCAGAUGCUGCUUGUACUUCCGGCCCAUAUUAAGCUCCUUUCCAAACUGGACCGCUGCCUUAUUAGACAGAUCCAGAAAUUCAUUAGAUGCCGUCGCCUUGCUGGCCGUGUCAUCGUCAGAUGUAAUCAGCGUCUCCGGCUCCUGCAGCUCUAUCCAACCCCCCGGUUUCAAAUUGUCAAAGCAUGAUUUAGCCAACUUCUUCCAGUCGCUGAUACUGCCUCCCAUCUGCCGUGCAUGGAUAACGUCGAAUGCCUCAUCAGGCCCAUAUGUCCAGUCCUUCUCCACAUCGUCAGCAUAGAAUUUGAUGUUAGGUGGCACCUAGCUGGGCUGGAUGGGACUUAAAUCCAACCCAAUAACCUCGGAGGAGGAGGGAUAGUGGUCCGCAAAAUCUAGUGCCCAGAUUCCCGUGCUGGUUCCAAUAUCUAGAGCCCUUUGGGGGAUGAGGCCGAUGGGUGCGCGUAGGAGUUUUCCAUCGUUUAGGAGAAGAAAGACAUGGUGGAGCAGAUCUAGGCGAUCCUGCUCUGUUUCAUCGUUGGGAAGGAGAUACUCGCCCCGUCGAUAACCGGCGUAUCGUCUGCCAUUGGCGUAUUCAUAGUUGACGAUGGAGGAUGUUAUCGAAGCGCUCACGGCAGAAUCAGAGUCAUCAUCGCCAUAGGCGAAGCCUGCAUCGUCUGCGUCGUCGACCUCUACAACGGAAUCUGCUCCGACACCGUUGACUGGCGCGGGUGUUGAAGUUUCCACUACCGCUGGUUCUGUAGCACUCAUGAUUGGACGCGACGAGGGGUUAUUAAUUAAGCGGUAAAUUGAUGUGUCUGUGAACGUUGCAAUGUCCUGUUUUCGGCAAUUAUGCGCAGCGAUGAGUUGUCCCUCUGCUUCUGGGGGGAUUCCAUGGGGCCUUUAUCCUUCCAUGGCCAACGGAGAAAGUAAUCUGUAGCAGGGCUGACAGACCCAUCUCGGAUGUGUUAACCGCAUUCCCCGUUGAUCUACGGAGUAGCUGAUCUGAUCUAGCUGCUCGCGAGGCUCCGCAUAAUUUGAACCCGCUUCAGACUCUCCGCCCGCGCCUCCACGGUAUGGUAUGUGGUUGGUAGGUUGAAGCCUUGAAGGAGGGACCCGGGCUCGGUCGCGGAUCCUCGACGGGAACAACAUUUCUUCAGGGCAAGUUCUGCUCUCCACAGCUGGAUCGGCGACCGAGAGCCAUGAAAGAGUCGAAACUACGGAGUAGCAACAGCCCAUAUGCUGACUGAUUCUGCUACGCUGCUAGCUGCCGGGAUGUUUGGGCUUCCCGUUCCCACCGUCCCCGCUUGGCUCAUUUUGCUUGUCCACACGGCUUCCUCGCUCUGCCGUCUGGUUGAGAUGGAGGGAUGGGAUUCUCCAGGUGGGGAAGGUGAGGGACUGCCGAAUAAUAAGCCCGAGCAACCUCUAUAAGAGUACUAGAAGUUUAUGGGGGAAAAAGGGUGUCCUCGUCCUCAGUGCUUGAAGGAGGAAAAAAGAAAUUUUGCAUGGUGAUUUAAAGCAAAGGGGCGGAAUGUGAAUCUGUACCAGUUCAAAAAUGCCGAAGAAAAUAUAAUUCAACUCUAGGCAUCUUCUUUAUAGGUAACUAAUGUAAGUGUUAAUGAUAAUAUUGUCCA